GAAAUAUCCAACAGAGAUAAGAGGAACAACUGAAAAAUAACAUAAAGAGAAAAGCAUGGAAACUAAUUUCGAAAAUUUAAGUCACGAAACGUGAGAAAAACGGUGUAUUUAGCAAUGGUGACCGAAGAAAAGAUAUAUAUAUUAUAUGAAGUUUUCUGGCAAUUUAUUGGAACACUACAUUUGCCGGCUAUUUGAAAGUUUUCUACUGCUCACGUUACUUAUAUUUCAAAUGUCUGAAUUUGACCCAGUUUCUGACUUUCUUGCUCGUGAACAGGAGGCUCUUGGGGAUUUAGGCGAUGAUUUGAAGCUUAGCGAAGAUAUUUCAAAUACCGAGGUCUCUGAUCCCAGUUAUGUGUUUCUUAAUGGACAAUCUACAAUGAAUGGCUCUAAUUUUGGACACAAUUUGGCUGAACCUGAUUGUAGAGCUAACAAUUCUGUUCAUGAUUUCAACACAAUUGUAUCAUCCGACAGUAAUGUUGGUGGAACUGAGUCUUGGCGGGAGGAAUUCGAGAAAAGAAUUAAGGCUAAAGAUGCUGAAGAAGAAAAAAAAUGUGCUGAGUUGAUGGAAACAGGAAAAAAGGAGUUGAAUCAUUGGUACAAAGAAUAUCACCAAAGAUUAGAAACAAAAUCCCGUGAAUUACGUGAGAAAAAACAUGAUUCAAAUGGUCAUUUCAUGAAUGGUGAUGGUAGCAAACCAUCUGUGAAAGAUACAGCCGUUUGGGAAAGUAUUUGCAAUUUAUGUGAUUUUCAAGUAUGCAUUUAAGAUAUCAUUUUAUUUGAUUACCUAACCUGUUAAAAAACUUUUUAAUUUCUUUUCAUUGAAGAUAAAUUAGAACUUUCAUGGUUAGAAAAAAUACACAUUAAUUAAAAGCGUUGGUUACACAAGACUCCACGUGUAAUCACUGGAUUUUAAUUGUUUGAAUCCUGCUCUAUUUAUUUUAGUCAGAGCAACCCCAGUUGUGUUAUAGCUUAAAGCCCUUGGUACUUAGUCUCGGAUUAUAUCCGUAAUUUUACUUAAUUCAGCAUCUGGUCAAAAUGAUCAGUAAAAAAACGAUUAAAAAAUACCCGUCAAAUAGCAGUACUUAGGUGUUUCCGUGUUUUAGAUAUAUUAAGUAACUUGGCAUUAAGUUGUUCUCUUAUUUAAUUUCAUCUUAAGUCCUCGUUAACUAUAUUGAACACAGUUUAAAUUUCUUAACUGGAUUCUAUUUUCAUUCAUUUAUUUAAAUAUGUACUUAUAAUAUAUCACUGUCAGAUGCGGAAAUAUUCAUGGUCUUGUUUGUACGCGUAAGUGGAACGUCGACCCAAUAAAUCACUUUAUUAUAAAUUAUACAAUCUACAGAGUUUUAUGUAUAAGGCUGUACAUGAUGGAAAACCGGAGGUACACGAAUAAACCUUAAGUAAUUUUCUAUGGUCCUGGAGUUUUGUUUAUUUGUUCACUUAUUUAAUUGUUGAAACUAUGAAACAUUACAACCGCCUAAUUAGCGACAUACAAUUCUAGUUGGCAUUCGAAUUGUUCAAUGGAAAACCAAUGUCUGAAAGACGAAGAUAUGAGGCCAUUCCAUAAAUUCUCUAAUUUGUAUUCAUUAUCCUUUGCUAUCUUUAACUAUUAUAACGAUAUGGUACUAUGUACUUUAAUUCUAGUGAGUUAGAACAGUUGUCUCUUAAGUAUCGUUAACGACUGAUUCGUAGGCAGUUGCUAUUUUAAUGACACAAUGCCUCAGGAAAAUUGUUAUUGAGCUUGUUCUAUUAAUGAUCUGUUGAAAAGUGAAAUCUAUUUCGUCAACUUCAAACAAACAGCAUAUGUACAGUUAUAAAUAUCUAAAUUUUCAUUUUCCUCUUCCCAUAAGGUUGAGGUAUUCUCCGUAUAUGGUCUCGGAGUACUUUAGAGAUAUGUCUAGCUAACAACUGAAAUCCUCGUAAUGUUAAGAUGUGAAAGUGUGUUCUGUAUAGAGAUUUACUUCCAGCAAUCUUCUAAGUUCCCUUAAGAAUUGUACUUUGUUAAAUCCAAUUUACUUACUGUUAGUAUUCAAAGCAGCGCUUACAGACCUUUUCGUAGAUGUCACCCCAUCAACAAUCGAAGAAAUCAUCAUGGCCACCAGGACCAGGCAAAAUACCAGCUGAAUCACUAAAGUCAGACAAGGAUUCUCAGCAUUCUAUUCAGGAAGAUUUGAGAGGAAGAACAAUUGCCGACAGACUGAAAAGAAGGAUACCUCAUCAAAAUAUCAAAGAAAGGAGAUCUGAACAAAUGUGAGAACUACAGAGGCAUCACACUACUAUCAGUACCAGGAAAGGUUUUCAACAGAAUGUUGCUGAACCGGAUAAAUGACUCAGUAGACGCCCAACUUCGAGAUCAACAGGCUGGAUUCUGUAAGGAUCGGUCGUGCACAGACCGAUUCGCAACACUGCGGAUCAUCGUUGAGCAAUCAAUUAAAUGGAACUCGUCACUUUACAUCAACUUCCUGAACUAUGGGAAAGCAUUUGGCAGUGUGUAUAGGAUGGCCUUAUGGAACCUUGUUCAACACUAUGGUGUACUUGAGAAAAUCGUCAACAUCAAACAGGAUUCAUACGACGGACUACACUGCAAAGUGGUGCAUAGAAGACAUUUAACAGAUGUAUUCCAAAUGAAGACUGGUGUCAGACAAGGCUGCUUAAUCUCCCUCUUUUUCUCUCUUCUGGUAGUUGACUGGACUAUGAAAACCUCCACAUCUGAGGGAAAGCACGGAAUACAGUGUGUAGUUUAGAUGCACCUAGACGAUUUGGAAUUCGCAUGUGAUGUAGUCCUUUUAUCCUAUACACAGCAACAAGUGCAGAUGAAGACAGCCAUUGUAGCCUUAACCUCUGCAUCAGUAGGCCUCAAUAUACACAAUGGAGAAAUCAAGAUCCUGAAAUACAACACAGCGACCACCAACCGAAGCCCAGGACAGUGUAGUUUGGAGAUUGCUGGUCGGUGGCCUAUUCUCCACAAGGGUUAACAGGGGUAAGUGAGUAAGUAAUAUCGGUAAUUGUUAACAAAAGACACAACGUGGUAUACAUUGUUUUUUGAAUAAGCCUUUUCAAUGACUAAUUAUGUUAACUAAUUAUAUUGUUUUUUGUCUCCAUAAUGUGUUCAAUGAAUAUUUCUUACAUUUACAGGUUUUUUUUCCAUAUUUAUUUUCCUCUUCCGUUUUUUUUUUCAUUUUUCAGUCCAAGCAAAAAACUGCAAUUGAUACGUCAAGAAUGCGUAGUAUUCUACUCUCUCUUAAACCGAACAAUUAAUAUACGCUAUUCAUGGGAUAUCAAUGAAAACAAUUUGUGCCUAUACCCUGUUUUACUGUUUUGUCUUCUUUCAAUAAUAUAAACAAGUGUGAUUUCUACUAAAUAGAGAAAAAAAGUGCCUUGUUAUAUGUUGUAUAAUGUUUGGAAUUUGUAUUUUCUCUCACUUAACUAAUUAUUGACAAUUGGAUAAUUAAUUAAUUUCAUCUUGGUUUUGUUCAUUAAAACAUGACAAUAUAUAUACAUAUAUUUCCCCCCUCUCUUUUUAUCUAAAUAAAUUUUGAUAAAAAUGGUUUUAGUCUAUCCUAAGUUGAUAAUAAUUCUUUAUUAGGCAUAUACAUUACGCUAUCAAUAUUUGGUUGUGUCAAUUAAUUCUCUUUUUUUGUGUGUGGAACAAAUACAAAUGAAUUUUGGUUUUUACAACAUAUAUUUUUGUAAGCGAAUAGUUCUACCAUUUAUCGGUUCGUUUCUCUGCCUUAUAUUAACAUUCAGAAUUAUAGGUGUUUGCAAUUAUGAUUUGUGUCAGUGCUUGUUACUUUUCUGUCGUAAUGUUUGUCCGAAAAAGGCGUGUUUUUGUCUCUGUCUGUGUGAGUGCUGUGCCUUCAUAUAUUUUUUUCUUAACGAUUUAUACUGUGAAUAAAUAAAUGACUUAAUUGAU